UUUCUUGUCUCUUUUUUUACUUUAGCUCCGACAAUUUCGCGCCAAAAUUUUGCGCUGUUGAGUGCGCGCCGGUGGUCUGCUGUGUGUGGUUGCGAGAAGUUCUGUUUUCAGUGACUUAAGGAAAGGAUGUCGUCGCCUGGAGGCACACCCAGGAGGAACACGAGAAGUGCGAGCCGAGAGCCGCGGACACCGUCUAGAAGCCUCAGAAACACACCAUCUAGAAAGAAUACACCAUCUCGAAGUACGCGAGGAACACCUUCUCGCAGGCAAAGGGAUGGAGCUACCAGUGAUGGUGCAACUGCUGGCAUGUCUGGGGUUCCGUCAUCUGUUGAUGGAGUUAGUGAGGUCCCACCAUCAAGCCCAUAUCAAAGAAAUCUUACAGCUUUUACAGAGCUGGAUUUGAGCUCUCCCUUGCACUAUGGGACACCAAGCUCUGCAACUGGGACCCCAAGAUCUAAUGUGAGAGGAACGCCAAUUAGGCACAGGACUGAUAUUCGAAAUGACCGCCGCAUGCGCCAGGUCGCCAUUGGUGCUAGUGAUGGAGAUGCAGCAGAGCAGACAGGUGCAGUAGCCACCAGCGAUUCUGGGACUGGCCCUCAGCUGGUUAUAUGGGGCACUGAUGUGGUGGUGAGCCACUGCAAGGAAAAGUUUAAGCAAUUCUUGCGCACAUUUGCUGAAACUGAUCUGGCAACUGAUGAGCUUAUGGAGGGUGUUGACCCUGUGCAACCCCUUUACCUACAGAAACUUGAAGAGUUGUACAUGCUGGAGGAGCCAUUUCUCAAUGUGAACUGUCAGCAUGUGGCCAGUUUUGAUGCUGAUUUGUACAGACAGCUCAAGUGCUAUCCCCAGGAAGUGAUUCCUACAUUUGAUAUGGCUACCAAUGAGGUCUUUUUUGAAAAGUACCCUGAUGCCCAACUACCUCAUCAGAUUCAAGUUCGCCCAUACAACUCUGAGAAGACUCAGAGCAUGAGGGCACUGAACCCGGAAGAUAUUGACCAACUGGUUACAAUAAGUGGCAUGAUCAUCCGCACUUCCAACCUGAUCCCUGAGAUGCGUGAAGCUUUUUUUCGUUGCACAGCUUGCGCACAUGUUGAGGCUGUGGAAAUUGACCGUGGCCGCAUUUCCGAGCCUGUGACCUGUCGCCAUUGUUCAGCAAAGUACAGCUGCACUCUGAUUCACAACCGUUCUCAGUUCUCAGACAAGCAGAUGGUCAAGUUACAGGAAGCACCAGAGGAUAUGCCUGCUGGACAGACACCACACACUGCGCUCAUUUAUGCUCACAACGAUUUGGUUGAUGCCGUGCAGCCAGGGGACAGGAUUACUGUAACUGGCAUUUAUAGGGCAUCUGCUGUUAGGGUAAAUCCUCGACAACGAAGUGUGAAGGCUGUGUACAAGACCCACAUUGAUGCUGUGCACUUCCGCAAACUUGAUAACAAGCGCCUUUAUGAAGACUCUGAAGAUGCCAAAGACUGCCACUUUACUCCUGAAAGAAUUGAGCAGCUGAAGCGUUUGUCCCGGCUCCCUGAUAUUUAUGAGCGCCUCGCAAGGGCAUUAGCACCAAGCAUUUAUGAGAAUGAAGACAUUAAGAAAGGAAUCUUGCUGCAGCUGUUUGGGGGAACUCGGAAGGACUUCGCCGAUACUGGUCGAGGAAACUUUAGGUCUGAGAUAAACAUCCUCCUUUGUGGAGACCCAGGAACAAGCAAAUCGCAGCUGUUGCAGUAUGUGUACAACUUGGUGCCCCGUGGCCAGUACACUUCUGGAAAAGGCUCCAGUGCUGUAGGUCUGACUGCUUACGUCACCAAGGACCCAGAGACUAAGCAGCUGGUCUUGCAAACGGGUGCCUUGGUGUUGAGCGACAAUGGAAUCUGUUGCAUUGAUGAGUUUGACAAGAUGAGUGACUCAACAAGGUCAAUUCUUCAUGAAGUAAUGGAACAACAAACUUUGUCAAUUGCCAAGGCUGGAAUAAUAUGCCAGCUGAAUGCACGGACGUCAAUUCUGGCCGCUGCGAACCCAGUGGAAUCUCAGUGGAACUCUAACAAGACUAUAAUUGAAAACAUUCAGCUGCCACACACUCUGCUGUCCAGGUUUGAUCUUAUUUUUCUGAUGCUGGAUCCACAAGACCAACGCUACGACAGGAGGCUGGCUCAACAUCUUGUUUCAUUGUACUACAAGAAGCCAGAGGAAGCAGAAGAAGAGCAAAUGGAGUUGGGAUUGAUGAAGGACUACAUUGCGUAUGCACGGACCUAUGUGCAACCGCAAAUGAGUGAAGAGGCUGGCCAAGCCCUGAUAGAAGCCUAUGUGGACAUGCGACGAGCUGGUAGUGGUCGUGGCCAAGUGUCGGCCUACCCUCGCCAACUGGAGUCCCUGAUUCGCCUUUCUGAAGCACAUGCAAAAGUCCGUUUCUCUAAUGUUGUUGAGUUGGUGGAUGUUGAAGAAGCCAAAAGGUUGCACAGAGAAGCUCUCAAGCAAUCAGCCACUGAUCCUGCCUCUGGGAAGAUUGAUAUCUCUAUUCUUACUACUGGAAUCAGUGCUUCAUCUCGUCAGAGACGUGCACAGAUGGCAUCUGCAUUGCGCAAAAUGCUCGAAACAAGAACCAAGGCUCAGAGCCUUCCAUACAACAAGGUCUUUGCUGAUUUUAAGAGCCAGUCAGAUGCGAUGAUCACACGAGAGAUGUUUGAGGACACCUUGAAGGACUUGCAGGAUGAUGGUUUUCUUGUUGUGGUUGGGAAGACAUCUAUUAAGCUUUGCUAAUCUGAGACUAUUUACAUGAAAGACAGUUAUCCCUGUGCACUAUCGCAUUUACCUCUGUUUAGAGCUCGCCCUACUGAGAGAGGUCAGCACUUUUUUAUUGAAUUAACUACUAUAUACCUCUUUCGAAUGUAUUGUGGCUUUGUAUAUUUGUUUCAUAAUAAACAUUUUACAGUUAAA